AAUCUUUAUAUGUUGACAGAUCUGCAUCUGCUGAUAAUAGUGAACUCAAUGUUGAAUCAUUGAUCAAGAACUUGAAGAAUGUGAUAAUGAAGAAAUUGUCUGUGUCAUGUGUGACUGAGUCUUCUGCAUUUCUCUCUGCUCUCUCUGUUUCUUUCUCUGCUGCUCUCUCUCAAUCUUCUACAUCUGUCUCUGUGUCUCAUUCUUCUACUUCUGCUACCUCUGUUCCUGUGACUCUCACUUCUGUCACUUCUGGUUUUGCUGUCUCUGCUUUUGUGACCAGCUCUCCCUGUUUCAAGAAGAUGUUGUAUAGACUUAAUGAAUCACAUCUCUCAAUAAUUACUCUCUCUCUCAAUAGUGUUGAGAUUGAAA